AUGUCGGCGUCGACUUGCUUGAGGUGCUGCCUCGUGCGGCCAGCACCCGCCUUGUCUGCUGCCUCCCUUCCCAUCCGCACAGCAACCCCUCUCCACCAGCUCAGACCAGCCAUCCAGCAAGUUGCGACCUUCUCAACGACCCCUGCGGCCGCCAAGGCUGCGCCCAAGGGCAAUGACCCGGAAUCGUCGCUCAAGGGCCACAUUCGUGCGGGAAAACGCCUCGUGCUGCGCAAGUUCAAGAAGAAGAACCUGGAUCGCGGCAAGCCACCUCUGCCAGGUGAGCGCAAGGCCUACCGCAAGCGCAUUAUCCUAAGCAACGACAACGCCCUGCCCGUGCCCUGGGUCACCGAGAUGGGGCCCGAGGACCUACUGAAGAAGCAGAACGAGGCCAAGGUGCUGUCUCUGCCGGAUGAUGUGGUCGACCAGCUGCGCGCCAUUGAGGCGUUUAAGCCGACCCAGAACUGGAAGAUGUUCCGCAAGCCGAGCGUGCUAGUCCGCAAGGAGACUGUUGAUCUGGUUAAUCGCAUGCAGAAUGCCGCUGGGAAUCGUCAGACUCUCAAGCUCGUUGUGACGGGUGAUAAGGUCUCGGGCAAGAGCUUGCUCAUCUUGGAGGCCCAGGCCCAUGCUUUUAUGAACGAGUGGAUUGUCAUUCACCUGCCGGAGGGCCAAGACCUGACCAACGCACACACGGAAUAUGCCCCGAUUCCCAACACCAAUCCCACGCAGUACAUGCAGCCGACCUACAUAAUGAAACUCCUGCAAAACAUCAAGAAAGCCAAUGAGAAAGUCCUCAUGAAGCUCACCACAGUCACCACGCACCCCGAACUCCCGCAAAACAUUACGCCCGGCACGCCCCUCAUCACCCUCGCCGGCGCCUGCAAGGAGGCCGACUACGCCUGGGCGACGUUUAUGGCCUUCUGGAAAGAACUCACGCACCCGGCCGCCCAAGGCCGGCCGCCCAUCCUCUUCAGCCUGGACGGUCUCGCCCACAUCAUGCGCCUCUCCGAGUACCGCUCGCCAGCCUUCGAACUGAUCCACUCUCACGAUCUGGCCCUGGUCCGCCUCUUCGUCGACUGCCUAUCAGGCCACACGCCGCUGCCCCACGGCGGCGCCGUGCUGGCCUCCACCUCGGGCAAUAACGCCCCCAAGACGCCCUCUCUCGAUCUCGCGCUUGCGCAGCGCCUAGCCGAGCAGGCCGGCAAGCCGGCCGCCGAGAUCCCCAAGCGGGAUCCUUAUUUUCGGGGGUAUGACGACCGCGUGGAGCACGCGCUGCGCAACGUGCAGGUGCUGCCCCUGCGGGGCGUGAGCAAGCUGGAGGCGCGCGCGUUGAUGGAGUACUGGGCGGCGAGCGGGAUGUACAAGGAGGUGGUGGAUGAGAGGGCGGUGGCGGCCAAGUGGGCGCUUGCUGGGAGCGGGCUUGUCGGCGAGAUGGAGAGGGCUGCGCUGUUGACUAUGCGCAUGUGA